GGAGCGAAGCAAAGCAUUUACAACAAGAAAAAAAAUGGCGUCGUUUAGCUUCCCGUGUUUCCGUGCUUCGGCUCGUCAAAACCUUGGGCUUUUUCGCUAUCCUUUAUCUUGCCGAGCCAUCUAUUAUCGCCAUCAAUCUAACAGUACAUAUUCAGCCACUUCAAGUGGCGAACGAGUGAAAACGAUCGCUGAAAUGCCAGGUCUUCCCAGCUUGCCCGUCUUUGGUUCCGCGCCAUUUCUUGCUUUGAAUAGAAAAGGCCGUCCUCUCGGAAGAUUCGUUUUGGAUAAACAGUUUACGGAUGUUGAGACUUACGGUAAGAUUUUUAAGUUUGAUGUUCCUGGGGGUUUCAAGAUCAUAAGCGUAGCUGACCCAGACACCGCCAUGGCGAUAUUACGUAAUGAGCCAAAAUACCCAAAGCGAUUUGACAUCCCUUUGAUUGACUUUUACCGAGAGACAAGGAAGAAAAUACCCGGAGUUUUCUUUGCUGAGGGAUCAGACUGGCACAAAUAUCGGAGUGUUAUAAGCAAGAGGAUUUUGCGCCCGAAAGAGGUUGCCGAUUAUGUGCCAGAAUUCGACAACAUUGGAUCAAAGUUUCUCGAGCGAGUCGAGAAUAUUCGCGGUAAAGCCGGAACUGAUAGUGAAUACGAAGUGGAAAAUCUCGAUAACGAGUUGUUUAAGUGGUCGUUUGAGAGUGUGGCAUAUAUGUUAUUCGACAAGCGUUUUGGAACCCUUGAAGAAAACGUUAAUCCCGAUGUCCAAGCGUUUAUCGCAUCGGUUGGGGGCCUCCUUGAAAACUUUCUUCCUGCCACCUUGCUCCCAGUGUUUGUUUACAAAGUCUACGAGACAGAGGCCUAUAAGAAUUUUGUCUACCACUUCGACACGAUGUACGAGUACGCCGAGAAGUUUAUUGGUGAAAGAGUGCAAGAGUUGGAGAAGGAAGGAAAGUUGGACGGUGAUAUUCAAGACGGAGAAAGAGUCGACUUUUUCCGUUUUCUUCUGUCAAGUGGCAAGCUGACAAGGGAUGAUCUGUUAGCCAGCGUCAUUGACCUUUUAUUCGCCGGGGUAGAUACAACCUCAAACACAAUGCAGUGGGUCUUCUACACAAUGGGAAAACACCAAGAUAAACAAGAAAAGCUUUACCAAGAAAUAAUUUCCGUACUUCAGCCAGGCGAGCUCCCAUCGACCAAACACAUCGCAAAGAUGCCGUACCUCCGCGCAUGGCUAAGGGAAACACUGCGAUUAUACCCAGUUUUUCCAGUCUUACCCCGCCAAGUUCCCGAAGACAUCGUUAUCCAUGGUUAUCACAUACCGGCUCAUACUAACUUCAACAUCCUAUUCUACUACAUGGGUAGAGAUGAGAGUAAUUUCAAAGACCCACUACAGUUCAAGCCCGAGAGGUGGCUGCGAGAUGAAAGCCAUUCAACUGCUGAAGCCAUGCAUGCAUUUGCGUCAAUCCCCUUUGGUUUUGGGACGCGUAUGUGCGUCGGUCGGCGAAUUGCUGAGUUAGAGAUGCAUUUGUUGAUGAUUAAAGCCCUCCAGAGAUACAUCAUCACCUACCCUCAUAAUGACGAGAUUAAGCCAUUUAUGCGAGGGAUCACAAAACCGGACAGGCCCGCUCGAGUCCGAUUUACGGACAGACCAGGGGCUAGUUCCUAGGAAGCAGGUUAGCGCUAACCCGGGGAUAAAUACGGCUAUCUUGACAUUUGAUUGGACAAAAAGGGUAGGGGUUUCAUUGAAAAUGUAUUUUUUCCUUCUCUACUAC